UGAGUUAUAUCUAGUAGCUUCUUAGCCUCACAUUUUACCUCAUCUCGGGGUUGUCGCAGCUCUUGUGGUUCAUCGAUAUUCGAACGUUAACCCCUUGACGCUUUCGACAAUCCUUACACAGACAAGCCAUCAUGCGUCCAUAUGCCAUCUACGAGCACCCCGAUUUCAGCCUCUCCGCUGAAUCUGUAUCAACGCUGCGAAAGAUUGCAGCGGCUUUGACUGCCGUUGCUGCAUCCAGUGCAGCCGUGUAUGAAUACAUCGCCCACGCUGGUACCGGGCAGGGAAGUUCCACACUUCUUUAGAUCUGAGACGAUUCAGACGGAUGUCCAAGUGUUCCGUACUCACGGCACUGGCAAACACGACACAUCGUUUUUUGUUCAAUCGUCGGAAGGUCGAUUUGUAUGAUUUAGAGCAUAGAAGACUUCAAUAGAAGCAGGGGACGAGCUUACCCUGGAUCGGAUCGGAGGGUAAAGCUGGAUGUAAGACGAGCUAACGGUGUAGGGUUAUAUGCAGUUACUGCAGACGGUUCUCCAUCUGGUAUAUGGGUCAUUACUGAACCGCUAUGUAUCAUCAGUUAGGUCAUUUUUGUACUAGUGUCGGCCAAUUGUUUUCCCAUCAUUCUUAUGUGAUACAAUGUUUUUUAGUUUACUGCUAUCAUAUCUAGAUGUUGUAAAAUUAGUAUUUUGAAAGCGCUUUUUGUGCAAUUUUCUCUCAAG